UUAGUAAAAAAAAAAAAAAAUUGUGGGGGAAAAAAAUUAUGCAGCUGUGGCAUACAGCCUUGAAAACUGUUUCAGGGAGGUGGUGGGUCAGGGCCACAGCCACACAAUCUAUCAAAACAUUAGCAGAAUUCCAAAAAUGUGUUGUACACAAGAAUUACAAGGUGUUUAGUUUACUAUGGAAUUCAAGCUGUGCACAUCAACAACACUGAACAUGGCUUACAAUUUGAUGUUUUACACAGGUGGGUAAACUGUCCGGAGUUAAAUACACGUUUUAUUAUUAUUGUUGGUGUCUACACAUUGUCGCAUACAUGUCAGGUCACCAGAAUACACACACAAAUAGUUUUUUUUCUGCGUUGGUUGUCCCCUCAUGUGACAGUGGGGAUUAGACUAGACGAUUGCUCAAUGCACAGCCUCAGCCCAUUCUCCACAGUCAACGUCGAGGGCACGAACUGCAACUUGUUCGCUAACCAGCGCAUGGCCAAACUGACCCAUCCUCGAUGACGCGACGACGCAAAUGAGCUCUCUUCUGCAAGGGUAGUCGGGAAUACAGUACAGGUAAACACGGAGGAAAUACUUUUGCAUUACACUUCCUACAACAGCAAGCGCUGCAGAUAGUCUAACGUCUGCGCAAGUACAUGACGGACAAAAGUAGUGUUGGAGCAUAUGGUGAGCCUUUUCUGCGCAAAGUUUCCAAGAUAUUCUGCUGAGCUAUCGCUAUUAGCUGGGCGCUAUAGAACUACUGCCAUGGCCUGAAGGUAGUUGGCUAUGCUAAGCGCGCUAUGCUGCUUUCGUAGAUACUUUGGCAGACGCAUCUGUCGUCUAUCAACCAUUUCCCCAAAUCCGUAAGGCUACGUGUGAGUCGCACAGUGAGCCGUUGGUAAUGGCGAUAAAGCAUGGCAUCCUGGGUGAACUGUUAAUCCCAGCGAAAGUGUCGUUUACGUAAAUAAAAUAGAUUUAGCUCAUCAACAGCCCUGCAAGGAAGGACGUCGAGAAUACGGAAGAAGCUGACACGCUAACUUUAGCUGCAACCACAGACCUAAGACACAAGUCCUUGAUUCGGGAAUGGGGGAUAUGAAGACCCCAGAUUUCGAUGACUUGCUGGCCGCCUUCGACAUCCCUGACAUCGACGCUAAAGAGGCCAUCCAGUCCGCCCCCGAGGACGCGGAGGGCCAUCACGGCAACUCAGGUGGUGGCAGUGGGGGGGUGGGGAAGGCUGGUGGUGGUGGAGCACCUCACAGACCCCCCAGCUCACCGGAGCCCCAGCAUCACCAGACACCCCACGGUACCUCGCUGUCAUCCCAGCAGGGCGGCGAGCCUCCAUCAGUUAGCGUGAUAGUGAAAAACAAGGUGCGGCCAAAUGCGUUAGACACGGAAGAGGUAGACGGGGGCAGAGACGGUAGCAGUAGUGAAGUGGGUUCGCAGGAAGGGGGUGGUAGCAGCAGCACUCUCCCCACUCCCAGACACCCCCUCCGCAUGCAGGCCGGGCUGGGCUGUGCGCCGGAGCCCCUUGUUCACAACGGCUUCGAGGGCUGCGUAGCUGCAGAGGGCAGCAACCUCUCUCUCAGCCCCAGCAGCCAGGCCCAGGGUCACUCCAAUGGGCAGCUGUGGUCCUCGCCUGCCUCCCCUAAAGCAGCCAGCGAGGGAACCCCCUCUGCCAGCAGCACUGCCGGUGGUGGUGGCGGUGGCUUCGGCAGAUCCAAGCCUGGUCUGGGGUCCAUCGCUGACUCCUUGGCCAAGGGCAGGAAGCCUGGUGCAUCCCAGCCACAGAAGGAGGCGGACCAACAAGGGGACACGCGCGGUGGUGGUGGUGUACCAGACAGAUCAUCUGCUGCUGCUGCUGCUGGUGGUGGUGGUGGUGGUGGUGGUAGCGUUUCUGGGCCCAGCUCUAGUGAGGGUCUGUCUUCAUCUUCCUCCUCAUCCUCCUUCUCCUCUCUCACGUCCACAGCAUCUGCAGGGAGUGUGUCGACGUUCUUCUCCACUCCGGCCACUCUACCACUGCACUCCAAACCAGCGAGCCCCCCCCCUCCUUCUUCUUCUUCUCCUCCUCCUCAUCCUCCACCUCCUCCUUUGUCCUCGUCUUCCUCCACUCCUCUCGUUGGUCCACUCCUGCCCUCCUCCACGUUGGCAGAGAGCAACAGCCUCUCCUCACCACCUGUCUCACCCUCCCGGGUACAGCCAGGUGCAGGUGCAGGGUCGUUGUCUCGGCAACAGCAAAAACAACAAGCAAUUAUGUCGCAUGACGAUGAAGAGGAGUCUGAGUCUGAGUCCGAGCCGGAUCUGUCCAGCCCUCCCCUGGUUAUCCAGGAGAGUCCCGACUCCCUCAUGUGCUCCCCGCCCAACUUCCCCUGUCGCAAGCGCACCACCUCCUCUUCCUCCGGCCUGUUCACGUCCCCCUCCCCCACUUCCGCUUCCGCCUCCGUCACCUCCACCCCCGUCACCCCGGUUGCCGCAGCAACCCUGCCUCCUGUUGCUGCCGACAACAGCAUCAGCACCAGCCCAACUCGGGCUCCAUCAUUAUCGUCGUCGUGGUUACAGACCCCUAAGGCUGCUACUACUGCACCUUCCACCGCCGGCGUCGUAGAGGACAAGCACCCGGAGCAUGUGAUCGAGGAGAGGGACUCGCCCGAGAGCCCGGAGCCCGAACCACCUGCCUCCUCGCUGGGCAAGCGGCCCGCCGAGGCCACCAUGCCCACUCUGACACCCAGAGGCUCCAGCUCCGGCCCUGCGGACACCACCUCCGUCUCCCAGCCUGACCCAGCUGUGGGGGAUGAGGACGGCGAGACACGGGGAGUGGAGGAGGAGGAAGAGGAAGAGGAAGAGGAGGAGGAUACAGACAUGGAAACGGAAGAGGGUGUGAAGCUAGAGGAAGAAGAGGAGGGAGAGGAGGAAGAAGAGGAGUGUGAGCAGAUGAUGGAGGUGGAUGAGCAGGCCUCCGUCACAACCUCGAAUGAUGAAGGCUCCAUGUCUCCCUCCAUGAUCAAGGUCCGCAUCAAGACUGUCAAGACCCCCACCGGCAGCAUCACCCGGACCGUCACUAGGGUGCCACCAAACGGGACCGCCGCCGUCACCGCAGCUGAGGAUCCCAGAACCACAUCACUGGGAGCUCAGAAGGUGAUCCGGCCCAAACGGCCUGGCGUGCCACUUCCGGGUCAUAACCAGACUCAGAACCAGAGGUCAAAGGGCGCAGUGUUGCCCGUGACGACACUGCAGGACGCCAGCACGGCCAUGCUCCUCGCCGCCAGCAAGGCUCAAAACAAAAUGGCCGCCGUCACUACCGCCAAGCUGUCCCCCUCGGCGGCCGGCAUGACCAAAGCCACCGUGCUUGCUACUGUGACAUCGCCAUCGCCCUCCUCCUCACCCAUGUCCUCUCUGUCCACGUCCGCUGCACGUUCUGUAUCCCAGAAGGCCGUGAACGUGAACGGCAGCGUGCUGGCCUCCUCCGUGGCCUCCCUCGCCACGACGACAAACACUGUUGCCACCGCCAACAAGCCGGCCUCCAUCGUCAACAGCAGCGGUGCAGUCAUCUCGCGUACCCAGUCCAGCCUGGUGGAGGCUUUCAACAAGAUCCUCAACAGCAAGAACCUGCUGCCCAGCUACAAGCCCGACCUGGCCUCCUCCUCCACCUCCUCCUCCUCCUCCUCCUCCUCCUGCCCACCCGUGCCACCCCCUGAGUGGGGGUUGUCCAUGCCCAACGGUGGCUACCGCUGCCAGGAGUGUGGAGACAGCUUCGCCCUGGAGCGCAGCCUGGCGCGCCACUUAGACCGACGUUCACUACACAUUGAGGUGACGUGUAACCACUGUGCCAAGCGGCUGGCCUUCUUCAACAAGUGCAGCCUCCUUCUCCACGCGCGGGAGCACAAGGAGAGAGGGCUCGUCAUGCAGUGCUCUCACCUCGUCAUGCGGCCCAUCAGCCUGGAACAGAUGAUAACAGGACAACAGGACACCACGCCCAUAGGUAUGCUGACCACGUCGGUCAGGUCUCCCACUGUCGCUCAUGGGGCCUCCAGUCCAGCUAAGGAGGAGAACCCCCCCACCUCCACCUCCACCUCCACCCCUACUGCCUCUCCAGGACCCCAGGCCCUUCUGCCCCUGCCCUGCAAGAAGGCAGAGCCACUGCAGUACAACAACAACAGGUGUCCGGAGUGCAAGAGUCAGUUCAACGGGAAAGCGGAGCUGAUGGCCCACUUCCAGGAGCUCAAACCUGUAGCCAACACUUCCUGUACCCAGUGCACCCCCCCAAUGCUGCUGCCCAACCCCUGCAGCUGGUCUGCCCAUCAGCGGAUUCAUCGCCACCGCGCCCCCCACGUCUGCCCUGAGUGCGGCGGGGUGGCACGCCAGCCCAGCUUCCACACACACCUGCAGGACGCAUGCCUGCACUACACGCGACGCAUCGGAUACAGGUGUUUCAGUUGCCAGGUGGUGUUUGGCGGUCUGAACUCGGUCAAGUCCCACAUCCAGUCGGCCCACUGCGAGGUGUUCCACAAGUGCCCCUCCUGCCCCAUGGCCUUCAAGUCCGCCCCCAGCGCACAGGGACACAUCUCCUCCCAGCACCCCACGCUCCACAAUGCACAGGCCAAAAUGAUCUACAAAUGUGUGAUGUGCGAGACAGUCUUUACCCAGAAGGCCUUGCUGUACGUGCACUUUGACACCCACCUGACCAAUCAGAAGGUGCAAGUGUUCAAGUGUCCCGACUGCCCUAAAAUCUAUGCCCAGAGGUCCUCCAUGAUGGAGCACAUGAAGACUGCCCACAGGAAACAGGAAGUGGGUGUGGCCUCCCCGGCUUCCUCCUCCUCCGCGGCGAAGGGCAGGGCCGGGCUGCGGAUAGAGAGCUCCGACGGGGAGGAGUGGGGACGCGGGGACGAGGAGGACGCAGAAGAGGAGCAGGAUGGAGGGAGGAAGAGUGAGACUGGCGGAGGAGAGCAGAGCUCCACCCCCAGUUGGAGCUGUACCCACUGCCACAGCCACUACACAGACAAGGAGGAGUACAUCUCCCACAUGGCAAAGGAGCACGACACGGUCCUAAAGAAGUUCCCGUGUAGUGUGUGUGAAGGCUCCUUCUCCUCCUCGUCCAGCCUGAGACGCCACAUCCGCCUCAAGCACAAGGACCACGCGCAGCGUCUCCUCCGCGGCCAGUUGUGUGUGGACAGUAAGCGCUCCUUCGGCAGUCGCCUGAGCCUGGAGAGACACAUGCAGACACAGCAUGGACCAGGAGCCCAGUUGCCAGGGAGACCAGUGGACCGACCGAAGCGCGGCUCUGAAGCAGCCGACUGCUCCAGCCAGCAGGACGUCACUAUGAGCUCCGUCGUGGGCGGAGGAGCCUCUGUGGAUCAGGACUCCGAUUGGUCCAGACCAGCAGGGGGCGGCGGCGGCAGGGGAGGAAAUGCCGGCACCGCGUCAUUGGCUGUGAAGCAGGAAGCAGCAGCAGAGGCGGUGGUGGGCUUGCGGUGCGCGCUGUGCGGCUUCUCUGCAGAGGAGCAGGCUGUGUUCCUGGAGCAUAUCGCGGGUCACCGUGCGGAGGGGGCGGACGAGGCCCUGCAGUGCCAGCAGUGUGGAGCCUGCUUCGCCUCCGCCACCUCCCUCACGCGCCACCAGUUCAUCAGCCACCGCGUACGCAACACACACACCCAACGCAAACACACACGGCACGCAGCACGGGAGGGAGCUGGGGACGGCACUAUUGCAGGAGGGGGAGGGGAGCAGGGUGUGGGGUUGGGGGGGGGUGCAGGGCUGGGGUCACCGGGGUCCCCGUCACAGCCGGGCGAGGACGGAGAGAGGGGUACGGGAGCUUUGGUGUGUAAGGUGUGCGGCAGGCGCUUCGACAAGGCCUCGGACCUCAACACGCACUUCAGGACUCACGGCAUGGCCUUCAUCACGGCUCGCAAGACCGACAAGCCCUAAGGGGAACAGCACC